UCCCGAUUCUCUUGCUUGGCCCCGUCCUUACAAUCUCAUGCCAGUAUGGCGGACACUCUGGCAAAUGCUGUGCCGCCUCCGUUUAAGCUCGACACCGGGACCGUCAUCUCUCUCGGGAUCGCGUUUUCUCUGAUGCCCCUAGCUCAAGGUCUGGCUGCCUUUGUCCUGCCCUCGACGACUCCGCGGAAGUAUUACUGGUUGUUCCUCUGGCAUGCAUAUGAUUUCCUUACCCAUUUCCUCAUCGAAGGAAGCUUCCUGUACCACUGUUUCUUCUCCUAUAUCCAAUUAGCCGUGACAGAAGGCUCAGAGCCAUCAAGAGGUGGUAGUCAAACACUGGUGCUUUUCGAUAGACCUGACCGCAGAUAUGGAGCCUUCUACUCCUCUGGACCCAUGGCUCGUCUCUGGGCAGAAUAUGCCAAAGCGGAUUCAAGAUGGGGAGGAGCAGAUCUCAUGGUCAUCUCCAUCGAGCUGAUUACCGUGUUUCUCGAUGGGCCAGGAGCGGUAUACAUCUGCUACCUAAUAGCAAAGAUUGCCAACGGGAAAGAAGCCGCGCUGAAAGGUCAACAUGAGGCACGGCUGUGGUUUGUCGCGAUCGUGGUUGCAACCCUUGAGUUGGUGGGCGGCUUCUAUACAUUCGCACCUGAGUGGCUCAGUGGCAAUCAUAGUCUAGCUGGCGACGACCCGGUCUAUCUGUGGCUGUACCUGGUAUUCUUCAAUAUGCUGUGGGUCUUCGUACCGUUCUGGGUGCUAUACGUGGCGUACGACGAGAUUCACGAAACAUUCAAGGCUUCGAGCAGUGUCACGUCGGCUAACAAGAGAAAGUGAGAGUAGUCAGUGGGAAAGCUACAGAUCGCUUGGCGAGCAACGGCUGCGGCCCUACCGACUACCUAUGGAAGUGCUAUUCGAGGUUUAUGUGCUCCUCGUCGAACUCCCCCCAGCAGUGGCUGCCUUUCUCCCUCUUCGUUUCUUUCCGCAGCCAGCAGAACCACGGUGUUCGACCUGGGACACGUUGACAAUGUGUCGCUUCGUGCGGGCAACAUGGGCUUGUGCCAUAGGCAUCCAACGAAUAGUUGGAAUCUAUGCAGUGUCGUUAAAAGGCUGUGUCACCCUCCCUUUCGAUGACCAGGCAGCCUUAGCAUCGGAAGCAUGGGUUCCACUUCCAAGUCUGGCACGUCGAUCUCUAUAAUGUCCAAGGGUUUCCAACCGUUCCUCUUGUACAACUCCGACCCGGCAGGUCGAGCAAACAGCCAACUCACGACAUUUUCGCGGUCCGCAACCUCCGUACAACAUUCUAUCAACUUUUGUCCGAUUCCUUGACGUUGAUAGGUCGGGUGGACGAUCAAUCGAUGCAGAUCUGCAAGAAAUGGAAGACUGGGGUCAGACAGAUUCACAUCCACCGGCAGGGGCGACUCAGGGGUCGGGGCAGAAACAGGAACUAGUCGGGCAAGAGCUGUGAGGCGCAGAACUUACACAGAUGCCUCUUUCCCCGGAUGUUGCUGAGAUAGCAGUUGAACAAUUUCCGCGCCAGUUCCUCGAAGGGGUCAGAAUAGAAAGGUUUGGGCUUGAGCUUCUCCUCUUUGGUCGGGCGAGUCUCUAUCCUGGGCGGUUCUCCUUCAACACUCGAUUCAGCGACCACUACACCAGACAUGCUCUGCUCAACAACGGCGUCCUCGCGAGGUUUUCUUUUGACUGCAAAAGGAUCAACUUUCGGCACCUCUGCGUACCCGAGCUUCCACUGCGAGAAGCCGAUGAUGGUCUCCUCGACCUCUCCAUCGUCUGAGUUUGGAACCAGCACAACUUUGAAGAGAGCACUCUGGGCUCUUGUGUUGCGGAAGGCUUUGGUCAAUUUGUCGAAGCAGUCAUCGUACACGUUCAGCGGAGCGUAGCGCUCCCGGUACGCGUGGAAGCCAUCGGGUUUCAGGGCGAGGUCUGAAAGGUAUGACAGCGUUGGAAUGUCAGAUUCGGAUGUUAUGGGCUUGAUGAUGUACUUGAUUGUGUUUGGAGGAGGAGGUGAGGUUGAGUCCAGUGGUACAUGUGCUGUCGGUGACAUGGUCCCAGUACGUGCUUCUCGAGCGUUCGACUAACAGAUACAAGAACAAAUUCUGGGUAGUGGUAUCGCCGUGCAAGCUUGACGUGCGUCUCUUGCGAGCCAAAGGGAGAGACGCUCCUGGUAGGAUGAAGCUAGCACCCUGCUGAUGUUCGCGGCGAAGUAGUUGUGCACCAGCACAGAAUGGCUAGAGUUGAUCCCGAC